CUCACCUCCAUUGGAAAGACCAGGAGGAGAAAGACUUGGCUACACUUGGAAUCUCCAAUUGUCGCCAAACAGUUGUAAGCCCGACUAUAAUCGCGUAAGCGGUGUCGAAUGCAAUAAAGAAGAAAAAGUGUUAAGCAAACAGCACGUUUUCGUUUUUAAUUAUUCACUUCUGUCAUCGGUUGACCUAUAGUCUAUAUUAAGGUAUUUAGAUGUCACCAAGGCACAAGCCAUAAAGACACCAUAAAUUUCGAUGUGAUUUGCACAAGAUUAGAUGACAAAGUGGUAGUUGACUAAUUUAGAACAACUGGAAAGUGGUCCGAAUCAAACACAGAAUGCAGAAAAUAUUUAAAUGAUUAUUAAUAUUGUGCAACGAUCGACAAAUUUGUUAUUUUGAGUAUAAGCAACGAAUAUACGUAUAAAAUGAAAUAAAAUGAAAUGGAAAAGUCUUGCCAAUUAGGCGAAUUGAACCAGUUACCGGUGCAUUUUGGCGACAAACAAUUCAUAACUGAGACGCUCUUACAAUUAGAACAAGUUUAGCUGGAUUUCAUCAGCCGGCGUAUUAGCAGAAACACAGUUAAAGCAACGGGAUUAAAACGCAAUAGCAAUCAUCCACACACAACCACAUACACACACACACAUACACAUUGAUGCAGGAGAGUGAAUUCGCUCACAACAGAUUCCCGAUUUUAUGGAAAUGAAGCUGGCAUAACAUUGAACCGAAUCUGGUCUUAUAAAAGCGCCACCAAAUUUGGCAAACAGCAUCAGAAACAAUCGAGUGUUCUAGUCUCAUCCCACAAAUUCGCAAAAAUGUUCAAAUACGUACUACUCUUCGCUUUGGUUGCCUACGUCUCGGCCGCCGCUGUCAGCAGUGUCGAUGAUGCUCAUGCCGAAGUCAGUGUACUGACGUCCGAUGUCCGCGUCGAUGGUUUCGACACCGCAUUGGAGACCAGCAACAGCAUUCACGUCGUGCAACACGGUGAUGAAAAGGGCAACAUCAACGGCGAAUACGGUUGGAUAUCACCCGAAGGCGAACAUGUCGUUAUCAACUACGUUGCCGACGAGAGCGGUUACCACCCAAAAAGCGAGCUCUUGCCCACCGCUCCCCCAGUACCAGAGGCCAUCGUCAAGGCACUCGAAUACAUCGCAUCUCACCCCUCAAAGGAAGGAGUCAAGAAGAACUAAAUGAAUUCCAUUUUAAACCUUGAUAUUGUUACGCAAUGAUUAGGAAAGUAUGUGACCAAUUUGCUCUCGUGCAACAAUUGGACGAUACUAAGAUUAUAUUGUUAUGGUUGUAUGUCUUUGUCGUCUACCUUAGAACUCUAAGUUUAAUGUUUUUGUAAUUGUACUAACUGCAAAUAAAAUACUCCACUUUAUUGGUAAAAUUAA